AUGUCACCUGACGAAAGGACAGCAAGCAGGUUUUCAUUCACGAUGGCAGCGGGCAAGUGGCAUGAAGAGGGAAUUUGCAGUUUGGCGCGAGUUCUCCGAGAAUUUCCUGUUAUAUUCUGGGACGAAAUCUCAAUGACACCGAAGAAAUGGACUUUGGACGCUAAUGAGCCGCUAUUUGGAGGUAAAAUCAUGAUUGCUGGAGGAGAAUUCCGACAAGUUCUCCCAGUUAUGGGAAAAGAACGGCAAGAAGAUUUGAAAAGUGCAUGUGCCAAAGUCACCUUAUGGCGGCACUUUCUCACCUACCCUCCUUACCUCUAUCAAUAUGAGACCUACAAGGGAUGGUAG